AUGGUGCGGGUCCGAGCCGUGGUGAUGGCCCGAGAUGACUCCAGUGGGGGCUGGCUGCCUGUGGGGGGCGGGGGCCUCAGCCAGGUGAGCGUUUGUCGGGUCCGAGGGGCCAGGCCCGAGGGGGGGGCCCGCCAGGGGCACUACGUCAUCCACGGGGAGCGGCUUCGGGACCAGAAAAUCACCUUGGAGUGUACCCUGAGGCCAGGUUUGGUUUACAACAAAGUGAACCCUAUCUUCCACCACUGGAGCCUGGGUGACUGCAAGUUUGGGCUGACGUUUCAGAGUCCUGCUGAGGCCGAUGAAUUCCAGAAGGGUCUUCUAGCUGCGCUGGCUGCACUCAGCCGAGGCUCACUCACUCCCUCCUCUUCCUCUUCCUCCUCCUCCCCUUCCCAGGACACUGCAGAGACCCCCUGCCCUCUGACGUCCCAUGUAGAUAGCGACUCCUCCUCCAGUCACAGCCGCCAGGAAACUCCUCCCACAGCUGGCGCACCACCCAUCGUCACCGUGGAGUCAACAACUGCCUUCUCACCGGCCACUCCCCCACAACAGCGCCGCUCCUCUGCUCAGAGCUACCCUCCGCUUCUACCGUUCACUGGUAUUCCAGAAGCCUCAGAGUCUCUAGCCGGGGCAGGGAGCCAGGGCUGGGGCGGCCGUGGCUAUGAGGACUACCGGCGAUCUGGACUACCUGCACCUCUUCCCCUGUCUACCUGCGUUGUGGGCUUCGUCAAGACUGGUGCAUUGAGGGGUGCAGCCCUGGGUCCCCCAGUGUCACUUCCUGCCCCUCUCACUGAGGCUGCACCCCCAGCACCCCCUGCUCGUCCACCCCCGGGUCCGGGCCCCAUCUCUGCUCCAGCCAAGGCCUCCCCUGAGGCCGAGGAGGCUGCACGUUGUGUGCACUGCCGAGCACUCUUCCGCCGCCGAGCGGAUGGGCGUGGUGGCCGCUGCGCAGAGGCCCCGGACCCAGGUCGCCUGCUAGUGCGCAGGCUCAGCUGCCUGUGGUGCGCCGAGAGCUUGCUGUACCACUGCCUGUCGGACGCCGAGGGCGACUUCUCAGACCCGUGUGCUUGUGAGCCGGGCCACCCACGCCCUGCUGCACGCUGGGCCGCUCUGGCUGCACUGUCUCUGGCAGUGCCCUGCCUCUGCUGCUAUGCGCCCCUGCGCGCCUGUCACUGGGUUGCAGCACGCUGUGGCUGUGCUGGCUGCGGGGGUCGUCAUGAGGAGGCUGCUCGGUGAGGAUCCUUGGGCUGGUUUGAAAAUCGGCCUGAAGACCCAAAAUGGAGGAUCCAGGACCCUGAACUCCAUACGAACCUAAAACCCAAAUUUAGGUACGUCUGGAACUUGGAGCUUGAAUGGAUUUGAGAAAUCCCAGAUCUGGUACCUGGAAACCAAACUUAGCACUAAGAUCCCAUACCCAGCUUCAUCAGGAUGUCUGUCAUGCGUACCCAGGAGUCCUGAAUUCUGGAUUCUCCCUCCCUCUUCCCCACUGAGGAGAUUCUCCAAACAUCUAAGAGGGCCCAGGAGCUCACACCCCUAAGACCCAGGGUCCUUGGACCCCGACUCUGUCUAAAUACCUAACCCAGACUCCAGGUCAUACUUGACAUUGUAAGCACUCAUAUUACAGCCCCCAAAUUAGUCAGGAGCUGCUAAAAACCUGACCCUUUAUCAAAUGACUUAGACCUUGAGACCAGAACCACCAGAAAACUGUCCCUGGAUUUUCACCUGAGACCUGCUAUGCCUACAACUGAAUGUUCUUAUAGCCCCAGGACCCGAAAACACCAAAUCCUCCUGGGUUUGAGACACCAGGAUGGUUUGGGCUCACCACAUACUGACCUGAAUUCAGUCUACCCACUCCCGAGAGUCCACUGAUCUCACCAUCCGUUCAUGUGCAAGUGACUCAGACCCCCUCGAUCCCCAGACUUAAGAUGCACCAGGUCAUCAGAUAGCCCCAAACACGAGGUGUUUUCUGACCAAACUAACUUGGGAGGCCCUUUUCAGAGCUCAGCAAGGUCCAGAUAUCAGACAUCAAGAUGCCCUGGGAGCCAGGGCCUGAACACCUACCUGUCCCUCAAGUUUUUGAGAACUUGGGUCUCACAGAUGGUCCCCUCAGAUGUAAGGUUGAAGGCCACCAACACUUUGACCCCCAAUGCACUGGUUUCAAGCGCUUGGAUAGCCUUCCAGUUUCCUUGGGGCCUGAAUUUUAAGAACCCAAAUGUAGAGACAUUAGUUUCCUUCUCCCUGCAUUCCCCAAUCCCCUUCCAUCUGGGUGGGAGCUGGGAUCUCAGAAGAUGCGGUGGUCAUGGUAACCCAGGCCUCUCAUCCCUUGACUCUCAGCUCUAGAGCAAUUCCAAGGUCUAAGAGCACUGGGUCUAAGACUCUGAGAUACCAAUCGACAUCUAGGUGCAGGAUUCAAACCCCCACAAUCUUGAUUGCUUUUGGCCUGAGACCUUGGUCCCUCUAUACCAGAGACACUCAGAAACAAAAUGCCCCAGGGCCUGCAUCUUUAGAUGCCAGAUUUUCUUGAAUUCAAAGCACUUCGAGACUGAUGAAGCCCCUAGAUACCUCACCACCGGAUCCCCCUGAGUUCUGCCAUCCCAAGGGCCAUAAGACCGCCAAGUCCCAGCAACACCAAUUGCCACUUUAUCCUGGGGGGACACUUGAACCAGUGCGAAUUCAGAUUGCUGGAAUCCUGGACCACUCAGUAGAGCCUCUAGAGCCUGGCAUUGCCACAGAGGAUUGUACAAAGUUGCUAAGCAGAGGCUGGCAGCUGCAGGGGUCAAGCAAGGACAUCAGAGGGAGGCUUCCCCUUCUCUGCUUGGCACAACAGUACCUUUCGAGUUGGCUUUUGCUCCACAGAAGCCCCCAUCACCCCUAACCUUGAAGAUCUCCCUGCUGCAACCCCUAGUUUGUUCAGGUUCAUCUCUUGUCAGCCUCUUCUCUCUCAGUUGGGAGUAGCUCUGGAAAGCCCAGCACCCUUCCAUGGCACUCCUCAUGCUUUUCUUCUGGAGAAGAGGGGGGUGUCCCACUGUACAUAGGAUCUGGCGUCCUAGAUAGAGAAACCAAGGUCUCCCAGCCAGGACAGUCUCGAUGGUUUAAUGGGCUUAGGACUACAUCUGGCCCUAAGUACCUGGGAAUGUGCACUUACCCAUUGCUCAUUAUCCAGGUUUGGGUGGCCUUGUGGGGACUCAAGGGAUUAAUAUUUGUGUCACUUUCUUUAAAUUAUUAACUAUUUAUUGUAUCCGGAACCUGUGAUUCAGCUCUCCCAACCAGACCCUGGGAUGGGUGAGAGAAAUGGGGACAGGGGGUGUCCCUCCCAUCCCCACUCUGUCCAGCUCUCAUCACUGUCAGACCCACCAGAGCUGAGGGCGGAGGAACUGGGGACUGGGGCAGCCUGGGUCCCCCAUUCCCCUCUCUGUGCCUCGGUCUCCCCCCUUCCAUGGUGAGUGGGGGGAAGCUCCAUUCUUAACCUACCUCGUAUUGGGAAGGGGUGGGAUGGGGGACCAGAGUGCUGUAUGGUGCUGUGAGAUCUUCUGAUUAAGCAGCGGGGACUGGGGAAGGUUCCCAGGUCCCCCUCUCCCAGGUCCCCAACCCUGUUCCCUGCUGACACCCACCUCUGAUCCAUGAUUACCUUUCAUUGCCCCCAUAUCUGGGGUGCGUGGAGGGCUGAACCCUGGGAGCCAGGAAGACCUCAGACCCUGGAGCCCCCAAUUUUCCAACUGCUUGCCCCUCAGAUUGGAUGCUUGCCCCCCAGAAUUUGGGGGAGGCAUGCCAACAUUUAUCUUCCUGAUCUUGAUUCCAAGCCAGUCUGUGACCUCAGUAUUGUGUCAGCGCAGGCUGAAGCGGAGGGAGAAUGGGGCCCAAAGACCCAGUCUUGGCAUUGGGGGAGGGGGACUUGAGAUCUGCUCCAAAAAAUGUCUGUGACAGUG